AUGGAUGAUCUUCUGUGUCUCAGUCAAUUUAGAGCAAAAUGGAUGGCAAUAAGAUCAGUAAAAGUAGUCGAAGGUGGAACUGACGAUAAAGAUACUUUAGUAUGUGACCAUUGUAAACCUUCUUGUCAAUCUGUUGACUAUCAAGUACAAGGAAGCGAAAUUUCUUUUGAUGGGUCUUCGAUGAAAAAAAUCAAAACGCAUUUUCCAAGCUUCGACUUGGAGAGAUACGAAAAACAAGACAGACCUAAAUGUAGUUCACGUUUUCUUUCAAGAAGUAAAAACAUUUACGAUCAGAAGGUCAUUUUAAUUGGAUUAUUUUUCAAUGAAGAUAGGUACAAAUAUUUCUAUAAUUUUCAAAUGCAAUCAAUUGUUCGCAAAUUUAUGGCAGUGUUAAGUGAUUACCUAAAAAAUUGCACCCUGCAUGGUGCCAGGUACAUUGCUGAUGAAACACUUCAUUGGACUGAAAGAUCAUUCUGGAUAGUAUGCGUGUGCAUGUCCUGGGUAGGAUCAGUAAUCCUGAUCCUGUCAUCCUUAGAUGCAUAUUACAACAAUGCAAUUUCCUUCGUGGUGGAAACUUCUUAUAGAGAUUGGGACACUCAUUUUCCGGCAGUCGUCUUAUGCGAAACCAAAAAUAUGGACGGGGUUGAGGACGUGGCCGAAGAAUUGUGGGGCGAAGACCACGACUACACCCUUGAAGAAAUUUUAACAGAACUGGCAUAUUUCCGAGGCGAAUCCUAUCACACCAUACAUUUGUGCGGAGCAGAAGAUCCAGAUCCGAAUUGUAUUUAUGGAAAUUUUAGCAUAGUUGCUAACAAGAUACGAAGCAAGUGUCUCAAAACAGUCCAAAAUUGCACUUGGAACCAAGAGGAAUUUGAUUGCUGCGAAUUUUUCCAGGAGAUGCAAACCGAGCUAGGAAUUUGCUAUGGGGUAAAUUCCUUACAAUCCAAUAAUCCUACCCACAGGACACCAAUGAUCAGUAAUUCAGUUUCAGGAGCUGGUAAGUUGAAUUUCCAAGUUCUGACCGAAGCAAAUAUUUUUAUAUUGGGCGAAGAAGAGGUUCCUACAGUGAUUACUUCAAAGUCGGAUUAUAUUGUUGUAACUCCUUAUGCCAAUUAUGAGAGAAAAAUCUCUGUUUUCAACAUAGCAAACGAGGAAGGCGUAAAAGACGUGUCCAUCAGCCAAAGACGUUGUCGUUUUCCAGAAGAAAAUCACGGCAUGGACAGCCACGCCGCCUACAGUUACAGCGCCUGCAUAGUACAGUGCAGGAGAGAAGCCCAACUCAGGAUGUGCAAAUGCACCAGUCACCUUAUGCCGAAUGCACCUCAGCGCAUACAUUGUAACAUGACCGGUCUGGUUUGCCUUAAUCAAAACAAUGACAAAUUGGCAGCUGUCGUUGCGAGAUGGUCGCAAAUACGUAAAGGGCUGGUUUGCGAUUGUCUGCCGUCCUGCACAGAAGUCGAUAUAUCAGUUCGGCAAGAAAGUCUGAUACCAUCUGAUAAUCCGAUAGCCCAAGUAGAAAUUUCUAUACAAUCAUUGCCGACAGAAAGAUAUCGCAGACAAGUCGUCAGAGGAAAAUUGGAUUUGGUCGUAUCCAUGGGAGGUACAACAUCAUUAUUUGUAGGUGCCAGUUUGCUAAGCUUUGUUGAGCUAAUUUAUUAUUUCACUGUACGAGUAUAUGGAACUUAUUAUAUGAAGAAAAAGAAUAAACAAUAA